AUGAAAUCCCAAGCACUAUCGUCACAAGAUAACCCUCAACAAAUAAUCGCUUCAUCACAAUUAAAUCCAGUGAUAUCAGGUGCAUUACCCGAAAUAUCUAAUUUAAAACACACGUUAAGAAGAGUACGCCAAUGUAAUGAUUGUGCACCGCCGAAUCCUCAGUCACUUGUUAACCUCCAAAUACCCGAAAGGUAUACUUUAACUAAAGAUGGAAGGCAAUUCAUGCAGUACGAUAGCGGCCCAUCAGAUGAACGUAUUUUAAUAUUUUUUACAAAAGAGAAUCUAGAAUUAAUGGAAAAAUAUAAUAACUGGUUUGUUGAUGGUACAUUUAAGUGCACUCCGAAAUGGAACAGUUCAUUGCUGGUGAUAAAAAACAUCAAAAAAAAUAUAUAA